AUUAUGAAAAGCAAGCUAUGUAGUUGAUGAGCAACAAACUCCUGAAAAUGACGAUUUCAAGGUUGCCACCAGCCGCGCUUACACUGAAACAGUUUUUGCAGCGACAGAAAAUUCUGAGUCUGUACAGAAAUAUGCUGAGAGCCAUUCGUCAAGUUCCUGACGCGACAGAUCGUAAAUACCUGACGGACUGGGCGAGAGAAGAAUUCAAGAGGAAUAAGGACGCUACCAAUCAGGACGCAAUUCGAAUGAUGAUUACACAAGCAAACAUGCAUCUUGAAGAUUUAAAAAGAUCGCUUGCUCUUGCCAAAAGUUAGCACAACAAAGUUACGAUGAAAUUCAAGAUCUGACGCGUACUUUGUAACGUGCAGAAAGGCAGCCGCUGCUGGUAUUGCGGUUGCGUACAGACCAGUGACUGGUCGUCAGUGGACCUACAGAUAAACUGAAGUUCCAGAUACACUUGGUUCACAAUGGAAUCGGUUUUGAAUGUUCUGGAUAAAGCUUGAGUUGUUCAACUUUCCAAUUAUAAUACUGUGUGCGUACCCGUGUGUCUGAUGCACAGUGACGUCGAGUCGGCGGUGCAGUCCUCUUGCCCUGCCUUUGGGGAAUAUGGUUCACAUAUAAUGU